AUGAGCACCGUGCGCGGGCGGAUGCGCUGCAUCAAGAUCCUGCUGUUCAUCUUCAACCUGACCUUCUGGCUGGCAGGAUUGGCUGUCAUUGCCUUUGGUCUAUGGCUGAGGUUUGGUGGAGUUAUGGCAGACUUUGCUUCAGAUAAAAGGUCUCCAGAGUAUUUCUUCAUGGGACUCUAUGUCUUGGUGGGAGCAGGGGCUCUCAUGAGCACAGUUGGAUUUUUUGGGUGCUGUGGAGCAGCGCGGGAGUCUCAGUGCUUACUUGGAGCAUUCUUUGCUUGCCUGCUGGUGAUAUUUGCAGCUGAGGUCACUGCUGGAGUAUUUGCCUUUAUAGGCAAGAAAGUGGCAAUACAGGAAGCCCAGAAAAUCUAUGAAGACAUUUAUGAUGACUAUAUGAAAAACCCAGGCGGGAAGGUCAACAGAACCAUCUAUCACUUACACUUGGCUCUCCACUGCUGUGGUAAAGAUAACAUGGAACAACAAAUGGGAUUACCCUGCCCAGAGAAUAUCCAGUUGCCAAAGAACUGCCUGGUUGAAAUCCAGAAUGUAAUUGAUGCUAACCUGCAUUUACUUGGAAUUGUCGGAAUUGCAAUUGCUGGCAUCACAAUCUUUGGCAUGAUAUUCAGCAUGGUUCUGUGCUGUGUGAUCCGUAACACAAGAGACAUGAUCUAA